AAUAGAUUUUUUUUUAGAUAAAUUUUAGAUGUAAUAGCACAAAAGAGAAUGUUUCCAGUUUCUCAAAAUACUGUAAUCAAAGACAAUGCUGGUCAUAUUGAUAUGUGGCCUACAUGUUUCUCCCCUUUACCUUCUAAAGAAUUUACUGAAAAAAAAAAAAAAACCAGCCUUACUUCAAAAUCUUGAAACACUUCUCAGGAAUGAGUUAAAUAAACUGAAUGGGCAUAAAAUUGAAGGUCCAUCAAAAAUCCGUUUACAGGUGUACAAAGAAGUUUUCGACUGUUUGAUCAAAGAGUUUUCUACUUAUAAACCUUUGCUAUCAGCAAUCAAACAAGAAUAUGAUGUUUACCUUGAUUUUCAAGAAUUAAGCCUCAGAGAAUAUGAUGCUUUAAAGAGGACAGUUGCCAUUAUUAACGAAGAAUGUGAGCAGAAAAUAAUUAAAUUGAGACAAGAAGAAAAGAAAGGCAAGAAAUGGAUUCCUUAAAUUUUCAAGUAAAAAAGUGUCAAGAGGAUAUUGCCAUUCAAUAUGAAAAGUUCAGGGAAGAAAGUGAUGCAAGAAAACUUUUAAUCCAAGAUCUUAACGACUUAAUGGAAAGAAAAGAUAGCAGAAGUUUUUCCUUUGAUGGAGUUAGUGCAGAUGAUGAGCAAGUGAAUGAUCCAGUAGUUUUAAGAAUCGCGUUAAGUCGUGUCAGAGAAGACUUUAACAAAAACACACAAAAGUUGGCAGAAGUACUUGCAAGUUAUGGUGAUGUAGUCCCUAGAAGAGAUUUUGAAAAGCUAGAAGUCCAAUAUAAAGAGUUAGAAGUCAGUUUUGACAUGUUAAAAAAGGAUUAUGCUUUAUUGUUAUCAGAAAAUAAGAUUCUUACAGCUGUGCACGAAAAAGAUACUGAUCUCCAUAUACAAUAUGAUACUUUACAUGAGAAAGCAACACCUAGACCAAGCUUGGACAAAUAUGUUUUAUAUCUUGAAGGUAAACUUGAUGAUUGGACUGAACAAACUAAAGGUAAAUCAACAAUAGAUAAAGUUGAUAUGCUUUUUUCAUCUGUUACUGGUCAAGAUUUAUCUGAUUCUGAAAAGAUUGAUCUUAAAAUGUUUCAGCCAAAGGGAGCCAGUGAUGAGAUUCCAAUAUAUUUACGCUCAACUCAACCUGUUCGCAAUCGUUUUUUGUGCAAACGUGAUUUAUGCAUUAUUAUUAAUGAAGUUUGGUCACAGAAGUGUCUGGAAGAAGGAUAUUUACCUUUGUUAAAGAGAUCUCAUAUGUCUCAAUUUCUUUAUGACUAUCUAAAAAAAAUGUUUCAACUUGAGCUGAUGGUUACUGAAUGGGGAUAUAAUAUACACGAGUCUUGUUUAAGGUUUUCUUAUGAUAAGAAAGUCAAGUUCUUUUUCGAUGUUCUCAAAUCAGAAGCAGACGAAGAUGUUUAUUAUGUUCAACUUAUGCAACAAGAAAAACUUCUUGACUCAUUUGUUUCGUUUGAUCCAACCAAAACUGAUUACAUUGAAAAGAAUGAUUUUUGUGUUUGCUUGCAAAAUUUCUUUCCAAAAUAUUCAACCGAAGACAUUGAUGCUUUGAUAAAUUGUGCUGAGAAAGACCUUAGAAUAUCAAAAAAUGACAAACUUUUAUACAAGUCUCUUUUUAAAAAGGAUGAAGAAGGAAACUAUGGUUUAUUUAUUAAAUGCGUUAUGAAGUUUUCACAAAGAAAUUCAAAACUAGUCAUUGAUAAAUUGAUGACACACCUUGAAAGCAAAACACACAUUUCUCCGAUGGACCUUCAAGAGGCUAUGCAAUCUAUUGAUUCAAAUAUAAGCGACGAAACUGCACAACACGUUAUUAGUUUUGUAUUUUGUACCAAUAUUUGCAAUCAACCCCUUCAAAAAUUGACAAAAAAUGAACUUUUUAUAAAGCUUGCGAGUAGUUCAAUUUAAUUGUUGGUUGCGUGCCGAGAACCCUUUAUCUACUGUCCAUCCGUAUGUAUGUAUGUAUGUAUUAAAUUUAUUAUUUGUUUUGAUUGAAAAAUGUAUUUAAAGCUAUUUAUAUUAUAA